CUACUUUUAUCAUUUCAGUAUGCACUAUGAAAAUGAAAAGUGAUAAAAAACGGUCGCCGAUCCGGAUUAUUCCCCGAUUUUCACAAUAAAACCCGCGCAACACUACUCUGGAAAUUUCUUAACUUUAUUUGAAAACGUUUCACCGAAGAAUCAUGUUGACUUUUAUGGGUGUCUUUUUAUUAUGUUCUCUUUUAUUUUUUUCUUCAGCUUAUGCAGAGUGCGAUGUACUAACAAGAAAUGAAUGGGGCGGGGUGAAUGCGACCCAGGAGGAAGACCUCCCAAGGCCGAUCGACCUGGUGAUCAUCCAGCACACCGCCACCGACACCUGCAACACCGAUGAGGAAUGCCAGGAAUACGUGCAGUGGAUACAAAUUUAUCAUAUGCAGAGUUUGAACUAUUGGGAUAUAGGACCGAAUUUCCUGAUUGGUGGAAACGGCUUGGUGUACGAGGGUCCCGGCUGGCUCCACAUGGGGGCUCACACUCACGGCUACAACAGGAAGUCUGUCGGCAUAUCCUUCAUUGGCAAUUUUAAUGAUAUCAUCCCAACCAAUGCCUCCUUGCUUGCUGCUGAAAAAUUAAUUGAAUGUGGGGUGACAGAAGAGCAUCUAUCUCCCUCGUACUCAUUAGUUGGUCAUAGACAGCUGAGACCAACUGAGAGUCCAGGGAAGAAUCUGUACGAAAUUAUCCAGAAGUGGCCACACUACCUUGAAAAUGUUGAUGACAUCAUAAACAACUAAAGUAAUGUUAUGUUAUGUUAUACGCUAUAAAUAAAUACAACCAGCUGCUGCUACACGGGUUCGUUAUCGACGUAGAUAAAUGUCAGUAUAUCGCGAUUCGCCUGUGAUUGGUGGAACGUGCAUUAAACGAAUUUAUCGACGUAAAUGACCUGUGUAGCGGCCGCAGCUUAUAAAGUUAUACACUUACAAUUCGUCAUCCACGAUCGAAUCAAAAAUUUACCCAUAUCUGUAGAAAUAUAAAUAAAACAUGCAUAGUUUAUUGUUGAUUACAAAUAUUGGUAAAUGAGUAGGUUAGUUGAAUAAAUUAUACGCGUACCGAUAUGUUUAUCCUGUACAAUGUACAUUAUAGUUUCAUGUUAAUGAUAAUAAAAUUGUAUUAUCUAGAUUUGAAAUUUAAAACUCUGUGUUUUAAUCACUGUUUUUCAUUUUACUAUCAUAAAUACAAUAUGCACUAACAACUGGCAGCAAAUUAUAGUAGAGCCGACAGAAUAGAACAUAAUUAUUUCAAUAAAGUUAAAGAUGAUCUGCAUAAUCUAAUUGACUACUCGUAUGCAUCGAAUCGCUGAGCUGAAACUUAAGUCUUAAGUGAAGGACAAAAAUGGAACAAAAUCUUCUACUUUUCAGUAUCUACC